UUUGGUUAAUUUAUUUAAUUGGACGAAUAUAGUACUUCAUUUGCGAUAAGCGUAUUAUAUACCCGGAGCUUGCGUAAUCUCCCGUCAAGACGCACUUAUAAUUAUCAACAAUGGACUUCACGGACAAAGUGGUGCUAAUCACGGGAGCCAGUUCUGGCAUUGGAGCCUGUACUGCCGUAAAAUUUGCCAAAUUAGGAGCCCUGCUCGCACUGAAUGGACGUAAUGCAGAGAACCUACAAGCUGUUGCAGAACAGUGUGCCGCUGUUGGCAAAGAACCUUUCCUGGUUGUCGGAGAUAUUUCUAAGGAAGCUGACGUGGAAAAUGUUUGGCAAGAAACUUUAAAAAAAUACAACAAACUGGACGUAUUAGUCAACAAUGCUGGCAUCAUCGAAAUAGGUAGUAUUGAAAAUACCAACCUGGUACAAUACGAUCGUGUGAUGAACACAAAUCUACGUGCUGUGUAUCACCUAACAAUGUUGGCCGUUCCGGAGCUCAUUAAAUCGAAAGGAAAUAUUGUUAACGUUUCAAGCGUAAAUGGUAUACGUUCUUUUCCUGGAGUUUUGGCAUAUAAUAUCUCUAAAAUGGGCUUAGAUCAAUUUACGCGAUGUAUCGCCCUAGAACUGGCCCCAAAAGGUGUACGCGCAAACUGUGUUAAUCCUGGUGUCAUAGUGACUAAUAUACAUAAACGCGGCGGCAUGGAUGAAGAGACGUAUCAAAAGUUCUUGGAACAUUCAAAAACAACUCACGCUUUAGGUCGUGCUGGCACUGUGGAUGAAGUUGCAAAUGCUAUCGCCUUUUUAUCCAGUGACUUGGCUUCGUUCACAACUGGUACGAGUUUGUCAGUAGACGGUGGUCGACAUGCUAUGUGCCCUCGAUGAGGUGACCAAUUAUUCAGAACAAAUACAACGGCGCAUUUACAUAUGUAUAUACACUUUAUGGCUAGAUAAAUUGUUAUUUUAUGAAUAUACUUCGUUAUUUAAAAUACAAAUACUGCAUCUACUAAAUUAUCCACAAGUUAGUUUUGUAAAUUCAGAUAGAACUUUA